AGAUUUUCUGCCCCUUCUCGGAUGGUAAAAACCAUUCAAGAGUUUCCAGCAUAUUCACGUGUAUCGAUACAAAACAUUGGUAUAUUUAUAGUGCAUAUAUUCAUAUUAUUUGGGCUAUAAACAGUGAUGGCAAACAUUGGACAUGUGACAGCUGACCAGCUGAUGGCAGGUACGAGUGUUCUAUCGAGGCCUGCAGAGGAGUUCGAAAAUGAUGCUACUAUCGAAGCUAUGUGGGCGAUCAAAGCGUUUGAACAUGCAGAGAUAUACUUUAACAUUCUCUGCUCACUGGACCCGAAAAUCCUCAAACUAACCCCCCAUGACGAUACGAUCUACAAAACCUUCCGAGAAAUAUUCCCAGAUUUAAAGGUGGAUGUGAUCAGCGAGGAUGAGAUGAAAUCGCCAGAGGGCAAGCAUAAAUGGAGGCCAUUCUGCGAGCAGUUCAAAGACCUCGUCGAGGAUUACAGUAUGGGAACACUUUUGAGAGUCAAAUGCACCGAUGAAUACUCCGAGGAGAACAGCAUACUAGUUACGAGGAUUCAAUUUUACGCCAUUGAACUGGCGAGAAACAGAGAGGGCCUCAACGACUGCAUCAGAAAUGAAUUCAAGCCUAAGAAAAUCACGAAAACCUAGAGUACCUCGUGAAAGCGUCGCCCCAAUGAAAAAUAUAUUUUUCAGAUUAAUUUUAUACUCACAAAAAAAAUCGUUCAUUUGAUUUUGCAUCUAUUUAAAACAGUUUAUUAAUUUAAAAAUUCAUGAGACUUGAUUUCCUUCAUUUUCUUUGCUUAUUUUGAAUUGUGAGGCUGACCAGAGGGUUUGAAGCUCUAGCCACAUGCUUAGAUUUAGCUGGUGUAGCUCCAGAAGCGGCUGCAUCCCUAUUAAACUUGCGUUUUCUCUUCCCAAAGCCUAUGAGCCUCUUCAAAGACUCUGGAACGAUGUACUCUGGGACGUCCUUCAAAUGGGGCUGUAUUUUAACAGUAUGAAGAGCUUUGUCUUGUCUUAGUGUCUGCAAGUCCUUGGGAUUGUCAUCGAAGUAACUUUUUAAUUUGUCACAGUUUAAGAGCUCUUGUUUUAUUUCUUUCAAUCUGGCUUCUCUCACUGCUAUUCUCGUGACUGCCUUCCAGGCAUCUUUCGCUCGAUAUCUGUUCGAAAUACAGGAAAAAUUGAAAAUUUAUGAUUGAAGUUAUUCGACACAUCGAGAAUGAUGUUAAGAUUGCUCAAUUUUUGUUAAAGGAUUUGCACAUUUCAGAUUAAAACUUAAUUCUUCUUAUCAAACCUCUCAGAAGUAGUUAAAAAAAAUUAGUAAUAUUACGGCUCCGUAAAAGUUGUUAAAAACCAAUUUGAAUAUUUGUUAUGUUUCUUAAAUAAUAAUACAAAUCUUCAACUAAA